AUGUUCGGCGAUGAACCAACUGGAGAGAUACGUGAACCAUGCUAUACUAAUCGAUAUGGAAAUGAUGAAGAAGUGACUUCUACAACUGAUGCAUACUAUAUUGAACGAGAUCGACGUGAUAAUACUAUUCGUCGAUGUGAUCUGUGUAGAGAUCCCGAUAGUAAUUUAAAUACUGCAUAUGGCAGUAUACGAGCAAACGGCAGCUGCAUUAAUAAUGCACCAAUUCAUAGUCGUAGUUCACAAGAAACGAGUCGAUAUCUUCAACGAUUUGGUAAUGAUAUUUAUUUUGAAUCUAACCCAGAAAUUAUUCGCAGUGCAACAACUGAAGCUCCAGCAACAUAUAAGCAACGAGUUUCUCUUAGGUGUCUUCAACCACCACCUCUUCCACCACCAGAACCAAACAUUAUAAUAGAAAAGCGUCCAGAACAACCACCACCGCCACCAUCACUUGUCAUACAUGAACAUGAACAACCUCGGUGUCCGCCGCCUCCAAUUAUCUUCCGCGAACGACCACCACCACGACCGGCUCCAGUUCCCGGGAAAACCACUAUUCGUCCGUUACCACCUGUACCUGUUCCACCAAGAUCUCUUGUUGUUGAACGUUUUCCCGCGCCAGAAAUGCCACCUGAUAUUAUAUUGGAACGAUGGACUCCCUAUGGACCUCCACCAGAACGCCGUACGAUUGUUAAGCCCGCUCCUCCUCCUAUGAAGUAUCCACGUCCCACUCAUACUGUUGUUAUUCAUGAUGAGCCUCCAGUGCAUGUAGUUCGAAAAUUUGAAUACCUGGGCGUUACUCAAGAAUGUCCUGAUGCUUAUGUACGUCGUUAUGGGUCAUCACUGUUGGAUUCACAAACAUUUUUACGGGAGGCUCGUAAUGCAGGUGUUACUGAAAAUAUAGCUUGCCCAUGUCCAGUAGCGUCAACUUCAACAAUUAAAAAUGAGCCCUACAAUAUUUGUCAAUCAAAUGAAAUGAUCAAUCAAGGCUGUUGCUCAUACCACGAAACACGUCCCUGCUCAUACCAAGAAACACGCCCCUGCUCAUACGAAGAAACACGCCCCUGCUCAUACCAACAAGCACGUCCCUACUCAUACCACAAAACACGUCCCUACUCAUACCAAGAAGCACGCCCCUGCUCAUACCAAGAAGCACGCCGCUGCUCAUGCCAAGGAACAUGUCGUUGCUCACACCCAUACGAUGAGUUAAAAACGUUUUGGAAACAUGCAUGA